UUAAUUGAACUCCUUCGCAAAAACUUGCCAAUUCUAAUUUAUAUUUUCUUUCCUAAACAAGAACAGAAGGCAUUCUGAUUAGAACUUAGGAGUCAAUGAAUCAAAAUAAGGCACCAUUACCAUUGCCAGUUAGAAGUCGUUCAAGUGAUGAAAUCAGAAACUUGGCCUUGGCCUCAUUUUCAAGCAACCUCUUACCAGCAUUUGGCGCCAACAUUGCUGAUGACGGUCACCUAAACAUUAGAAAAUAUGUCAUCACUCCCUUUGAUCAUAGAUAUCGGCUGUGGCAGACAUUCCUUGUUGCUUUGGUCGUAUACUCUGCAUGGGCAUCUCCAUUCGAGCUGGCUUUCACAGACGUGGCAGUUGGGUCGUUGUGGCCCGUUGAUCUACUCGCCGAUGCCUUCUUUGCCAUUGAUAUAGUCCUAACUUUCUUUGUGGCUUAUUUGGACACAUCAACCUAUCUCCUCGUUGAUGACCACAAGAAGAUAGCCUUCAGGUACUUGAGAAAGUUAGAUUUUCCCAUGGACGUGGCGGCAACUUUGCCGUUUCUGCAGAUAUACCAAAUUCUGAUGGGUAAAACGUACGGAGAGGUCUUGGGUUUCAUGAAUAUGCUCAGGCUUUGGCGAUUAAGGCGUGUUGCCAGGAUUUUCUGCAGGCUAGAGAAAGACAUUCGAAUUAGCUACUCGGCCACAAGAUUUUGUAAACUUAUAUGUGUUACGCUAUUUGCAGUCCAUGUCGCAGGCUGCAUGUAUUAUUGGUUGGCUGCCCUAGACACAAACCCUGGGAACACAUGGAUUGGGAAGCCGACACAAGAUUUUGAACACAUGAGCGUCUGGCGGAGAUACACGCGUUCCAUAUAUUGGUCUAUUGUUACUCUUACCACUGUAGGCUAUGGAGAUUUUGUUGCCGUGAAUAUGGGCGAGAAAAUUUUCACUAUCUUAUAUAUGCUCUUUAACAUUGGCCUCAGUGCAUAUAUAAUCGGAAACAUAACAAAUCUGGUCGUCCAUGGCACUGUCCGAACUCAUGCGAUGAGGGAUGCCAUCAACCAAACACGGAAAUAUGCAAGCAAAAAUAGACUCCCAGAAGGCUUAAAAGAGCAAGUGCUGGCACACGUUCAGUUGAAGUUUAGAACAGCAGCGCUACAGCAAGAACAAGUGCUACAGGACUUGCCAAAGGCAAUUAGAUCGAGCAUCGCUCAGCAUCUUUUCCGUGACAUAGUUGGAAAUGCAUAUUUAUUUAAAGGAGUCUCUGAUCAUUUUAUCACCCAACUGGCGUCAGAAAUCAAAGCAGAAUAUUACCCGCCUAAGGUUGACAUUAUCUUGCAAAAUGAGAUGCCAUCAUAUUUCUAUAUUUUGGUAUCUGGAGCAGUGGAUGUGCUAAUCUACAUGAAUGGAACUGAACAGCAUUUGUUGAAACUAGAAUAUGGAGGGAUGGCAGGAGAAAUAGGAGUUAUGUUUAAUGUCCCCCAACCUUUCACAGUGAGAUGUAGGAGGCUUUCCCAAGUCGUCCGAAUUAGUCAUGAUCAUUUCAAGCAAAUGGUGCAACCAUAUAGUAAUGAUGGGAAAGCAAUUGUCACCAACUUCAAUCAGUACUUGAAGGGCUUGAAAAAGAGGGUGCAAGAAGAAAUUUCUUAUCUGGCAGAAUUGUUAAGGGACCUUCAUCUUGAGCAGGUAACACAAGAACAAGGCAUGUAUGAUGAAGGUUCAAAUUAUCAUGAAGAUGAACCAUAUAAACAAGGAAAGAAAGGAAAUUCUAAUCCAAGGUCAAGUCUAGUCCCGCCCAGAGUGAAAAUUCAUGGACAUCAUCCUAAAGAGAACCGGAAGGAAAAUCAAGCCUCACAGGCACUAGUACUUCUCCCAGAUACAAUGGAAGAACUUUUCAAAUUAGCAGAGAAGAAGUUUGGGAAAAGAGGAAGCAAGAUUCUUAUGGCAGAUGGCUCAGAAGUAGAAAAAAUAAGCGUCAUAAGAGAGAACGAUAAGUUAUAUAUCUUCUAAAGGUAAAAUAAAGCAGUGACCAGAGGCUGAUCUCUUUGCUAUAAUGCUAUUCUAAGUGACAGUACUAAGACAAAUUUUGACUAUUUACUUGAUAGUUGGCAGGCAACAUUAUAUUAUAUUGAGGAAAAACUGCCUCGAAUGUAUGGAGACAUUUGUGAACUAAAAUUAAA